AUGGCUUUUGAAAGCAAAGAUGAAGCAGCUGAACGACACAAUGCACAGAGACAACAGGGAAAGCAGAAAAGUCCUGUUGGGAGAUUUGAAAAUAUGGAGUGGGACAAAGAUGGGAUGAAGGAAGAAGUAAACAGCUUUGGUGAUGGCACUUUGGUCAACUGGUCCGAGUUAGCAAGGAGGUACAGAGUAAAGAAUAAAACUGGACAGAUGGCUCAAAAUGGUGGACAAAUAGCAAUGGAGUGGUUGAAAUCAGAAGGAGUUAAUGUGGAGAGGUUCAAGAAAAGAAGAGAGAGUGACAUUGGCAAUAUCAGGAAAAAGAUGAAAAAAAGUGUCGGUGGUGAAAUCAUAGUUCCAUGCCCUGAAUCCAGUAGGAAAUUGCAAGCAAAAUUGAAAGAAAAGAUUUUGUCAGGUGAAGUGAAUGUUGGGGAGUUGAUAGUGCCAAGAAAGGUAAAUGGAAAUAAAUCUUUACAUACAACCAAAAUUGUAUACACUCAGUAAUCUCUUUAAAAGCUUUCCUCGAUCUCUUAAAUAUAAGCUGCCCUUGCAGAUGAAGAAUUUUAGUAAGCCUAACCCUAUCUCUUAAACCCUCAUCCCUCGAAAAAGCCCCACAUUCCCAUAGACAUAAGUGUCUUAGUUGAUAAGUUAUCUUAUCAUGGUCAAAAAGAGAAUAAAUCUGCCCUUCCCAAUUAUACCCCCCCUCCAAUAUGCCUCCCCUACAAUGCUGUCUACUGGAAAUAAGCUCCCCAGAAGCAUAUUAAAGAGAUAACGUACAGUAUAUAUAUUAAUUUUACCUGAGUUAUAAAGGACCUAAUAAUUACUACUGGCCCAAUAUAUAAAGAAUAAUUAAUUCAAAAUUCUCAUGGAGACAAAUUUAUGUGGAAUUAUGGAUGAGAAAAGAGUUUAGAACCAUACACAACAUAUAAUUGUUUUAUAAUUAUUCUUUUAAAUAUUGAACCAGUAAUGUUUGAUCAUAAUAAUUAGCUCAGUUAAGUGGUUUGUAUACUUACUGAUGUCCAGAAUAAUUGACUUGGCAGAUUUGUAGAAUAACAAUGUACAUAUGUGGUCAGACCAUGCACUUUAAUGAAAAUCAUAUCUUCUUUAAGAUUGCAUAUACAGCAUAUCGCUAUAGAAAAAUAAAUGCAGAUCCACAUUAAUAUUCCAACUGUAUAUUUUUGUUUAGUAUGAGAAGCUAGUGCUCAAAGAGGAUGGUUCAAUUGAAAAAUCACACUUUUUUGUAGAAGGACGCAAAUGGCCACUAGUUGAAAUUAGAAAACGAAAGCUGAAUGAGUUGGAAAAAUUUAUGAGAAUUAAUGCCGAGAGAGAUGUGGGCAGCAUGAGUAAAGAGAAAGUUGUGAACAGGCUAGACAUGCUAAACGAGAAAACGGAUGGGGAGGAUGAGACCGAGAUGAGAGAAAGAUUAAAAGUGAUGGAAAGAACAAGGCAUUUACUGGUAUGGAAUGACCUCUCAACUAUAGCAAACCAUUCUCACCUUGUGUUUAUGGCAACCUGCCUAUAUGACCCAGCCACAUUCUACACUAACAACGAGUAUGAAGUUAUAAUGGGAAAAAAGAUCAACAUCCAGUCAUUAUUCGAAGCUCCAAGUCUGUACAUUGUGGCAAGGUCCUCGUCCUCGGAUGUAGAUCAGUUGUGCUAUGUGGAAACCAGACUUGAAUGUUUGGAUGAACUCCCUGAUCUCACAGUAUCAGCUUCUGGUAUACUAAUUGUGGACAAGAUGAGGUUUUUUCAUGGUGACAGUCCUUCUCAUCAAUACGAAGCUGGCCAGCAAAAGGGGGGAAAUUUCUACUGUGCUGUAUGUGGUGCCAAUGCCCACCGGGUACAUGAACUUGAUUAUGUAUUUCGUUGCCCACAUAUAUCACUAGAAGAUCAACAGCAAUUGGUUUUGAAAGGUCCACUUGGUAAAGCAAAUUCUCUGGCCAUGUCAAACAAACCAUUUCAUGGAUUAACAAAAACCAACUUGGUACAUGAAUUAAAUGCUAGGGCAAUCUACGAAGGAGAUAAGAAGAAAGAGUUAGAGGAUCUUCUAAAGGAGGAGUUGCAUGGAGUGCAAAGAGUACCAGCCCUUCUAUUUACCAAUCCCAACAAAACCUUAGAAUCGAUUAACUGUGCUGGUUAUGAAGUUCUAGGUUUUGAACCUCUCCACGACAUUGGGAAGCACAUUGAAAAUUUAUUUGGUGAACUACCAGACCACCUAUCAUUAGAUGAGGCUUCUAAACUGAAGGCUGUUCUUGAAUUGUGCAUUGGAGGGAAAGACACAAAGCGACUAUUGAUUACCGCUGUGCUUUGA